AUGGAAUAGGUGAAGUACUUGCCCCCAAAGUUUUCAGAGAGUCUCAAAGAUCUCUCUUAAUACUUGGGUAUUCAUGGAAUGACUCUUGAUUAAUUGAGAAAUAGAGGUGAUAUAUCUGAAACAUCUUCAAAUAUCUCCUAUGUCACAUCUAGUGCAUUUAAGCCAAAAAGCUCGAAGUUGGAUGUAAUUAGAGAACAUCAAAUAAAUAAUGAAGAAGAUGAUGAAGAUGAGGAUGAAGUUAUUAAUGAUAGUAAAUAAUUCUAAAAAAGUAAUGAUCCUACAUCUACAUAGAGUUCUAUCGCACAUCCAAGAAAGUUAUCUGUUGGCUCAACUGGCAAUAACUAAAAUUCUUCUUUAAUAAAUGAUUAAAAUUCACCAAAGCAAUUGACUUAGUAAUUGGUGACAAGAUUUAAUCCUCAAAAGCCUAGUCAAAGGAAAAGAUAUCUUGAGGCAUCUUAAUUCCUCAAAUAAGGAAGUGAAUUAGUUAAUAAAUCAGCUCAGUUUAUGAAAUCUAAUCAUAAUAACCCUUAGUUGCAAGAUUAGUUCACCAAUUAUACCUAAGAUAAUAUAAACCAAGAACAAGUUAAGAUUGAAAAUGAGAUACAAAUGAUCAGGGAAAGACACAACAAUAGUCUAUUACUAAAUAGCACGAACAAUAAUGAAGAUUUAUCAAUACUUGACAUGACAGCUAUUAUCUCUAACAGUACAUCAGGAGGAUACAUUACGACUGAAGAUGUGCUUUAUGAAGAACAAAUCAAUCUAUUAGAUCUAUCUGGAUUAUAGCAAUAGAAUCUGCAACAACAAUCUUAGAAUCAAAUAAAUAACCAAUUCUAAUAAAUAAAAACCUUCAACUAAUAAGAUGAUUAGAGCUCGAUCUUUAGUCCAUAAAGAACUCCUAGUAACAGAUCAAAUUCUCUUAGAUAACAAGCUAUAAUAGCUAAUACUAAAAAAGGCUAUACACCUAAAUUCUCUGAUGAUUCAUUAAAAAUACCAAGGAAAAAUCAUAAAAGGAGUAUCUAGAAUAUUUAUGAAUGA